AUGGGUCUUCUGCUUUGUGACUAUGAGCAUAGCCUGCCUGAUAGGAAAAUGAAGGCAAAAUGUAGCACAGUGGGCCUGGAUCGUGUCGGUAUAUUUCGAAUCAGUGGCUCAGUAAAUAAAAUCAAGGAAUUGAAGCAGAAAUACAAUCAAGGAGAAAAAGUAGACCUUGUUAAUGAUGGGGAUGUUGAUUCUGUUGCCAGUCUCCUGAAACUCUUUCUGAAAGAACUGCCAGUGGCUGUUUUUCCAGACAACAUCUGUUCUGGCUUGCUAAACACUUUCCAAGAGCACAAAAUCCACACAACAGAAUGCAUAGAGAACCUGAGGCAGUCGCUCAGCUGCCUACCCAAAGCCCAUCAAAACCUUCUUCAGUUCCUGUCUGCUUUCCUGUUAAAGGUAGCAACACACAGUGCAGUGAAUUUCAUGACUCUGGAAAACUUAGCCAUUGUGUUUGGACCCGCUCUGUUCAAGAUCCCUGUCAGUCCCUUGGCUUGUGAAGAACAAAGACUUUACAAUGGCCUCCUGCUGUAUUUGCUUCAACACCAUGAGAUGCUUUUUGUUGACCGGAACCCUUGUUUCUCACAGAGACAAGCAGAUGGCCUUCAGGAUAAGUCAAAUUAUUUAAGAACUUCCUGAGCUCUGCAGAAGUUUUUCUGAGACUUCUCCUUCACCUCUGUGAAGGCAGACAUG